GUAUGUAACCUAAAAAUAUCGGAAAUUAACAGAAAGUGCCGCACUGUAAAAUAUCGAUGAAAUGGCUAGCCGAACGGUAACAGUGCUUACUUUAAACGGUCGUCGGCAUCAAGUAAAAGUUGAACCCAAUGUUACUAUUUUGGAGAUAUUAGAGCGAGUUUGCCAAAAGUUUAGUUUGAAUGUUAACGAAUAUGAUCUUAAGCAUCAUAAUAAGGUUUUGGACCUUUCGACAAUGUUUCGUUUUACGGGCCUUCCAAACAAUGCACUGCUAGAAAUGGCGCCGGCUACCAAGGUGCGAACUGAAUCGGACGUCAUGCUGGUGCUUCAAUUGGAAGAUGGCAGCCGUCUUGAGGGAACGUUCAAGCCCUCUGCCAGUUUGUUGGAUGUGCUGCAACAGCUGUGCGCAGAGAAAGCUAACGCUGAGGCAAACCCAGUUAUGAUCUACAUGCGUAGGGAAGUACUGUGGGGGUCAAUGCCCUCUACUACUUUGAAAAGCUUAGGAUUGACUGGAGGACGAGCCAUCAUAAGACUUCUUCAAAGAAAACCUGAGGAACUAAGAACACAGGCCAAUGUAUCAGCACCAUUGCCUUGCAAGGAAAAAUCCGAUGACAUUGAUGAGCCUAUGAGCGAGCCCGAAAAAAAAUCUUCACCAAAAGAACAACAAAAAAAAGUGACAAUCAAUCCAGAAUUUGAGACUGAACCAGAGUUUUCAAAUGAAUCCAAAAAAUACAAAUCUAGUUCCGACAGUCCAGAACCAGGACCAUCAUGCAGUAAAUCAGAACCUCACAAAACAGAAUACAAUCCACAAGAUAUAGAACAUGAACCGAAAGCGGAUUCAAUUAUUAACAUUUUAGGCGAUAGGGAGGCAGUUUUGUAUCAUCUAGAUAGCGCCGAACGAAGUUCUUUGGAAUUGCCAGAUUCAUUUUUCGAGUUGACCACUGCGGAUGCACGUAAAAUUCAAGCCGAUUUGAAAAACAAAAUACGAGAGCUUGAAGACGCACCCCUACUAACGAGCCAAUAUCGCCAGCUGGAAGAGGAAAAGCGAAUUCUAAGCCAACUCGGACGCUACAAAACUACCGUCGUACGAGUGCAGUUCCGUGAUCGUUACGUACUCCAAGGAAUAUUCAAACCACACGAAUCGAUCGCGAACGUAAUGACUUUCGUACGAAACUAUUUGUCUGAUCCCACAAUCGAGUUCCACUUAUACACCACACCGCCGAAGAACAUUUUAUCUGGUGAUGUUAUAUUGGUAGAAGCCCAACUGGUACCGACCGCCUUGCUUCAUUUCGGCUGCGAACACGACUGUUCCCCUUGCACACUAUUAAAACCCGCGUUCUACGAGCAGCUUUCGAACGCUGCAGGAGCGACCGCCGUUGCUACGCGUUCUCGAGUAGAUCUGGUGACCGGUGACGAUUCCAGAGCAAUCGCAGCCGAUACGCCAAUAGAAACUGAAUCGGAAAGCGAUCGCGAUAUGCAGCAGCCGUCGUCGUCGUCAUCUUCGGCAGCCAACACUGGUCGCGGUCAGAAGCCUCCCACUAAUUUUAGACCAUCGUCCGCCGUACAGCCGGGCGCGAGUGAUGUAAAAAUGCCCAAAUGGUUCAAGCCAACGGGAAAGUAAAUUAUUUGUAUUGUGAUUAUUAUUCUGCUUUAAUACUUGUCUAGGUUUCCUUAGGAAUUUCAUUUUUUAAUAAUGUUGUCAAAUUUAUUUAGAAGUUGUACCUAAUAAAAUUGGAAGAAGCAUGUUUACCUGCGUUACUUUAAGCCUAUCUGUUAACUUUGGUUUUUGCUUAUUGCAAGUUGUAUACUAUGCUAUGAAAAACAUCCGCACAGCUUCACAGUGCUAUCGCAAGAC